AUGGGUGAUUUCACAUGUUCAUUGGCAAUCUCUUGUGCAAUUCUUGCUCUAGUAUAUGUCACCUCCAAAUUCUUGAAUUGGAUAUGGAUUAGGCCAAAGAAGCUGGAGAAAUUCCUGAGACAGCAAGGUUUCCAUGGAAAUUCUUACAAUCUUUUCCAUGGAGACUUAGCAGAAAUGAAGGCGGCUACGAGAGAAGCCCUGUCCAUACCCAUCAACUUCUCCAAUGAUAUUUUUCCUAGAGUCAGUCCCUUCUACCACAAAGCUUUACAAAAAUACGGUGAGAAUUGCUUUGUCUGGAUUGGGCCAAGACCCGUAGUCUUAAUAUCCGAUCCUGAGAUAUUUCGAGAGAUCAUGUCGAAGAAUUAUGUUUUUCCGAAGCCUCAUGGCAGACCGGUUAAACGACUGAUUGCAAGAGGGUUGGCCUCGCUUGAGGCCGACAAAUGGAGCAAGCACCGAAAGCUCAUUAAUCCGGCGUUCCAUGUCGACAAAUUGAAGCAUAUGGUUCCAUCUUUCUACUUGAGCUGUGGUGAAAUGUUGAGCAAAUGGGAUGAGAUUGUGGGAAAUGAAGGAGGUCGUGAAGUGGAUGUGUGGCCUCAUCUUCAGACAAUGACGAGUGAUGUGAUUUCAAGAACUGCGUUCGGGAGUAGCUACGAGGAAGGGAGGAAGAUAUCGCGUCUGCAAAGCGAGCAAACGAAGCGUACCGUGGGAGAGGAUCGAUCUAUCCACAUCCCGGGAUACAGGUUUUUACCCACUAAAGGAAAUAGGAAGAUGAAACAAAAUAUGAAGGAAAUCGAAUCAUUAGUGCUAGCAAUCAUCAACAAAAGAAAAUCCGGAGAAGAGGAUCACCAUGACUUAUUGGGAUUACUAUUGCAAUCCAAUUCAAACGAAAUAAAACAACAAGGAAAAGAGUUCGGAAUGAGCAUCGACGAAGUCAUAGAAGAGUGCAAACUCUUCUACUUUGCCGGCCAGGAUACCACUGCGAUCCUGCUGGCAUGGACAAUGAUCCUUUUAAGCAACCACGACGAUUGGCAAGCCCGUGCAAGAGACGAGGUUCUUCAAGCCUUCGGGAGAGGCAAACCAGACUAUAAACAACUAAACAACCUCAAAAUUGUGAGCAUGAUCUUGCACGAGGUGCUAAGGCUGUAUCCACCGGCAGCGAUGAUAACUCGUUGCGUUCAAGAGGAGAUCACGGUGGGGAGGAAGGUGAGGCUUCCGGCCGGAGUGGAGUUUAUGUUUCCGUUGAUUAUAUUGCAUCAGGACCGCAGAAUAUGGGGCGAUGAUGCGAAGGAGUUCAAGCCGGAGAGGUUUGGGGAUGGCGUGCCAAAUGGGGCGUAUUUUCCCUUCGGGUGGGGCCCGAGGAUAUGCAUUGGAAAGAACUUCGCUAUGUUGGAAGCUAAGAUGGCGAUCGCGAUGAUUCUGCAGCGUUAUUCGUUCCAGUUGUCGCCUUCUUACUCGCAUGCGCCUCGUAUGCUCAUCACCCUGCAACCUCAACAUGGCGCGCACUUGAUUCUUACGAAAUUAGAACGUUAGACAAAAACUUGUGUCAUGAGCUCUUUCUCCGAAGAUCAUUCUUCGCGAAAAAGUUAUUAUUGUUGUGUGAUACCUUAUGGUCUGAAACAAUAUAUUUUGGUCAAUAUUUAACG